UGUAUAUGUGUGUGUGUGUGUGUAAGAGAGAGUGUGAGAGAGUGCUUUUUUUUUUCUCUUUGGUGUUCCUCUGUUCCCCUCUGUGUAGGCAGCCAGAGGAGUGCAGGAGUGGGAGGGAAGCAGACAUAGACGCUGAGCACAGCGAGAGAGACGGAGACAGAGAAAGAGAGAGAGAGUUUUCUUUAGGAAGUCAAGCACGACAGAAGAGGACGAGCUUCUUUUUUUUUUUUCUUUUUCUUUUUUUUUUUGUCUUUCCACAAGAACAAUCAAAACAGGACUAGUCUGACCUAAAGUAGCCAUUUCUUCUGCCUGUGAGGACAAAAAAAAAAAAACAACAAACAAUUUUUUUACCUUUUCUACCUUUUCUUUCAUAGUCUUUCUCCCACACGUUGUGUGUGCUUUGCUUUCAGCAUAAGGACUUCUGCAGCAGCUUAAGGAGCAGAAAAAUCCCUUAAGGAAAGACAGUUAAAGGAGUUUUACGGAGCUGUGGAUCAGUCAUGCCCAUGGGAGGCUGUAGGGCAUGGAAGUGGGCACUGCUCCUGUGUGGUGCCCUGUUCGCCCACCGUGCCACCGCGUGCCCGGCUCUGUGCACCUGCAGCGGCACCACCGUGGACUGCCACAACCUGGGGCUGAAGAGCAUUCCCAGGAACAUCCCAAGGAACACGGAGCGUCUGGAACUGAAUGGAAAUAACUUCACCCGCAUCAACAAGAAUGAUUUUAGUGGACUCAAAUACCUCCGUGUUCUGCAGCUGAUGGAAAACCAAAUUGGAGCCAUCGAGCGGGGGGCCUUUGAUGACAUGAAAGAACUGGAGAGACUACGUCUAAAUAGGAACCAACUCUACCAGCUGCCAGAGCUACUGUUCCAGAAGAAUGCUGCUUUGUCACGACUAGACUUAAGUGAGAACUUCAUCCAGGCCAUUCCUCGCAAGGCCUUCCGUGGAGCUACAGACAUCAAGAAUCUUCAGUUGGACAAAAAUCACAUCAGCUGUAUCGAGGAUGGAGCAUUCCGAGCACUUAGAGGGUUGGAGGUUUUAACACUUAACAACAACAACAUCAGUGCCAUACCAGUGUCGAGUUUUAACCACAUGCCCAAGCUGAGGACGUUCCGUUUGCACUCAAAUAAUCUGAAUUGCGACUGCCACCUGUCCUGGUUGUCCCAGUGGCUGCGUCAGAGGCCAACGCUUGGUCUGUUCACACAGUGCUCAUCUCCACCACAGCUCCGUGGGAUCAACGUGGCCGAGAUCCAGAAACAUGAGUUCAGUUGUUCAGGUCAUGCAGAGAAUUCCAGCCCUCAGACAUGCAAUCUUGCUUCUGGCUCCUGUCCUGCCAUGUGCACCUGCAGCAAUAACAUAGUGGACUGCAGGGGUAAAGGACUAACAGCCAUCCCGGCCAACCUGCCUGAAAACAUGGCUGAAAUACGACUGGAACAGAACGGCAUCAAGUCCGUCCCACCAGGAGCGUUUUCGCCUUACAAGAAGCUGCGCCGAAUAGACCUCAGCAACAACCAGAUCUCUGAGAUUGCUCCUGAUGCCUUCCAAGGCCUGCGUUCCCUCAACUCUCUGGUACUGUAUGGGAAUAAGAUCACUGAGUUGCCCAAAGGAGUGUUCGAUGGUCUCUACGCCCUCCAGCUGCUACUACUUAAUGCCAAUAAGAUACACUGCGUCCGUGCUAAUGCAUUCCAAGACUUGCAGAACCUUUCUCUGCUGUCUCUCUAUGACAAUAAGAUCCAGACUUUGGCCAAGGGCACCUUUGCCUCACUGCGUGCCAUUCAGACACUUCACCUAGCCCAGAAUCCAUUUAUCUGUGACUGUAACCUCAAAUGGCUAGCCGACUAUCUCCGUGCCAACCCCAUCGAGACGAGUGGCGCACGGUGUUCUAGCCCGCGCCGCCUUGCUAACAAGCGCAUUGGCCAGAUCAAGAGCAAGAAGUUCCGCUGUUCUGCCAAAGAGCAGUACUCCAUUCCAGGCACUGAGGACACCAGGUUGAACAAUGAAUGCAACAAUGAACCAGUCUGCCCAGCCAAGUGCCGCUGUGAAUCCAACGUGGUGGACUGCUCCAAUCUGCGCCUCACCAAGAUCCCUGAACACAUCCCGGCCUCCACCACCGAGCUCCGCCUGAACAACAACGAAAUCACUUCUCUGGAAGCUAACGGCGCGUUCAGAUCUCUGACACAGCUGAAGAAAAUAAACCUCAGCAACAAUAAGAUCACUGAAAUCGAAGACGGUGCGUUUGAGGGCGCUUCGUCCGUCUCUGAGCUUCACCUGACGGCCAAUCAACUGGACUCCGUGCGCAGUGGCAUGUUCCGGGGUCUGGAGGGGCUGCGAAUGCUAAUGCUGCGCAACAACCGCAUUAGCUGCAUCCAUAACAACAGCUUCACCGGCUUGUACAAUGUCCGUCUGCUGUCCCUUUAUGACAACCAGCUGACCACAAUCUCACCUGGAGCUUUUGACACUCUUCAGACCCUCUCGACCCUGAACUUGCUGGCCAACUCCUUUAACUGUGACUGCCGGUUAGCAUGGCUAGGCGACUGGCUGAGGACUCGCAAGAUUGUCACUGGCAACCCGCGCUGUCAGCGUCCUGCUUUCCUGAAGGAGAUUCCGCUGCAGGAUGUGGCUCUGCCAGAUUUCCGCUGUGAAGAUGGCCAAGAGGAUGCCAGCUGCUUGCCACGCCCCCAGUGCCCGAGCGAGUGUACUUGCCUGGAGACAGUGGUCCGCUGUAGCAACAAGCACCUUCAUUCCCUCCCUAAGGGCAUCCCGCGCAAUGUAACAGAGCUGUACCUGGACGGCAACCAGUUUAGCGUCGUGCCAAAAGAGCUUGCCACCUUCAAGUAUCUGCAGCUGGUUGACCUGAGCAACAACAAAAUCAACGUCUUGACAAACGCUUCCUUUGCAAACAUGAGCCAGCUCACCACCUUGAUCCUGAGUUACAAUGCACUCCGCUGCAUUCCGACCCUGGCUUUCUCAGGACUUCGUUCUCUCCGUCUGCUGUCCCUGCACGGUAACGACAUCUCCGAGUUUCCUGAUGGGAUCUUCAGUGACGCAGUGUCUCUGUCUCACUUAGCUAUCGGUGCCAACCCGCUGUACUGUGACUGCCGCUUGCGCUGGCUCUCAGACUGGGUGAAGACGGGUUAUAAGGAGCCGGGUAUCGCCCGCUGUACCGGGCCACCUGAAAUGGAGGGAAAGCUGCUCCUCACCACGCCAGCCAAGAAGUUUGAGUGCCAUGGUGAAACUGACCCAUCAGUCCUGGCGAAGUGUAACCCGUGCCUGUCCAACCCCUGUAUGAACCACGGUACAUGCCAGACAGAUUCAGCAGAACUGUAUAAGUGCACAUGUGUAGAAGGCUUCAAGGGAAAGAACUGCGAGACUGCCCUCAACGCCUGCAUCAGUAACCCGUGUGCUAAUGGAGGAACGUGCCAAGCGUCCGAAGAAGAAGAUAGCUACAUUUGUUCAUGUCCUCUGGGAUUCGAAGGCCAAAGAUGUGAAAUCAACACCGAUGACUGUGAAGACAACGAUUGCGAGAAUGGAGCAACCUGCAAAGACGGUGUGAAUAACUACACAUGCCUGUGUGCUCCUUAUUACAUAGGAGAGAUGUGCGAAGAGCUGGAAGACGUGUGUUCUCCUGAACGCAGCCCUUGCAAGCACCAAUCAACCUGUCUUAUCACAGCAACAGGCCCGAAGUGUAUGUGUGCGCCUGGGUAUGUAGGAGAUGACUGCAGUGUGGAUUAUGACGACUGUCAGGAACACAAGUGCCAGAACAGCGCGGAGUGUAUAGAUGAGAUCAACGGUUACUCCUGUGCUUGCACCCGAGGCUACAGCGGGCAGCUGUGUGAGGUACCGCCUGCGCCUCGUUCCCCCUGCCAGCUGGCUGACUGCCAGAAUGAUGCACAGUGUGUGGAGCGAGCAGGUCGGGCGCUGUGCCAGUGUCUGCCCGGCUUCGGCGGCCCGCGCUGUGAGAAGCUGGUCAGUGUCAAUUUUGUGGACCGGGAUUCAUAUCUACUGCUGAGCGACUUGAAGAACUGGCCUCAGGCCAACAUCACCUUGCAGGUGUCCACUGCAGAGGACAAUGGUAUCCUCCUGUAUAAUGGAGACAAUGACCACAUUGCUGUGGAACUCUUCCAAGGUCAUGUCAAGGUCAGCUACGACCCUGGCAGUCAACCCAGCCAUGCCAUUUACAGCACAGAGACCAUUAACGAUGGUCAGUUCCACACGGUGGAAUUGGUGACCUUUGACCAGAUGGUGAACUUGUCGAUCGACGGCGGUGUGCCCACCACCAUGGGCAGCGUGGGAACAGUGAGGCCCCUCAAUGGAGACGCUCCGCUAUACGUGGGGGGUAGGGGCCCAGCGCAGAUACCUCGCUCCACUGCAGGCAUGCCCGUUGAUGUGCACUCGUCUAUAGCUCCACGCGCAUGGCACAUUCAGAACGGUUCCAGUUUCCAUGGCUGCAUCCAGAACCUGUACAUCAACAAUGAGCUGCAGGAUUUCACCAAGACCCAGAUGAAGCCUGGCGUGGUGCCCGGCUGUGAGCCUUGUCGAAAGAUUUACUGUCUACACGGAAUCUGUCAACCAGACGCCGCUCUUGGCCCCGUAUGUCAUUGUCAGCCAGGCUGGAGUGGCCAGCACUGUGAUCAGCCCACUGCCAACCCGUGCCAGGGCAACAAGUGUGUACAUGGAAAAUGCAUCCCACUGGACAUGCAGUCCUACCGCUGCGAAUGCCAGGAAGGUUACCGCGGUGCUUUGUGUAACCAGCAGGGAGAACUCUUCAACCCAUGCAGAAGGUUACAGUGCAAGCACGGCCGCUGCCAGAUUUCAGACACGGGUGACGCGUUUUGCCACUGUGAUAACGGAUACACUGGAGAAUUGUGCGAUCAAGAGUCAGAGUGUCGCGGUGAACCAGUGCGGGACUUCUACCAGGUGCAGCGCGGGUACGCGAUCUGCCAGACGACACGCAUGCUGUCGUGGGUGGAAUGCAGCGGAGCAUGCCAGCCAGGAGCCUGCUGUGCCAGCCAGAGGUCCAAGCGCCGCAAAUACACAUUCGAGUGCAGCGAUGGCACCUCGUUCAGCGAAGAGGUGGAAAAGAGCAUCAAGUGCGGCUGUGUGGGCUGCAUGUAGUGCAGAGAAGAGAGGUAGAGAGUUAGAAAGAGAUAGAAAGAGAAGAGGCAGAGAGCUAGAGAAAGAAACGAGAAAGAGAGAUGGCACGAGUCAGAGAGUAUACAGAAAUAUAUAAUAAAACUAUAUAUUAUGGACAACGACGUUUGUAAAAUAGAGGACUUUUUUUCUCCCUCCGUGAACUCCCAAGGGGUGUAACGGCAUAAGACAGAGCCAAAAAAAAAACCCCCCACAAAAAAAGUAUGUUGUAUCUGUGAAACUUCAGAAAAACGAACAAAAAAAAAAAAAAAAAUACCCACGGUGGCUGAGAAGUCAUGAGGUGUCGCACGAUUUCCAUUUGAUUCCUGCUUUCCAUCCAUUCGCUAGGCCUCAGGCAGCCUCAGAGCUAGCAGAGAGGUUAAAGCUUUCUCGGGUAGAGCACUAGAGGAGCAUGUGGACGAAGAAACGAGGCUUUUUUUUCCCUUUUCUGCAUACGCAGGGGCCGUCCUCUGUUAAACGAGUGUCUCGGUAACACCAAUGACGCACAGUCCCACCACUGUCAAUAACACUGAACUGUUCUAUAAAGUACCUCUACAUCCACACACACACAUACACACUCUCACACACACACACACAAACAUCUACAGACAAUAAUCUAUAUUAUAGACGAUGUAUACUGACUAACCGACCGUACUGGACCAACGUCCGAACAAGUACAGCAGUAGAUAUGAUGCUUCAGGCAUGUUGGGCUAACAAGUGAGUAGCUUUGAGAGAAAAAAGAGAAUCCUCCAGUGAGAGCAGGACAAGAGAUAAUACCCUAGAGUGUGUGCUCCUAACUUCCGAGCUAAACAAAGCUAGCUACCUGUUGUGCUUAGCCUCGCUUUAACGGUAUUGAGAACAACGAGCUUCGGGUGCCAUUAACUUGUACAUCGACUUACAGAAAAGGGUUUAUCAGCAUUAAAAAAAAAAAAAAGAAAGAAAUGUCUUGGGCCCUAGAUCUUUUAUUUUUUUUUAUUAAUAUUAUUUUUUAUUUCUCCACCUUUAUACGUGGAUGUGUUUCUUACACUGUCAUUUGUGUUACAGUUUAAACGGGAGCAUAUAUUCAGGUGCCGAAUUAUGGAAAAAAGAAAUCGUGAUGGCCAUCAUCACACAAGACCCCAAGUAAUAGAUAAUUAUGUUUUGUUUUCUUUUAUUAGUUUAUAUCAAUGAAUUCUGGUAGGUGUGUUUAAUAAAGAGUCCCUCCGUCAGUUAUACCCCCCCCCCCCCCCCGCCCCUCGGGAUACUAUUUGUCUCCAUACGCGACACUGUAUUUGUACAGCUGAGUGGUAUUACUGCAUCACACACUAUACACACCAGCCGAUCACCCAGCAUGCAUUGCGUUUCCCUUUCCCUCAAUGUGAGCAGAAGGAAUCUUACAUCCUCCUCUCGAAAGCCUGCAGUAUUACUUUUUUUGUGCAUGUUUGAAAAACUUGCGAUUUGAUAUCUAAAACAUCGUUAUUACUCGUCUUUUUGUUUUGUUUUGUUUAAUUUGUGUGUGUGUGUGUGUCCUAAUUUCAAUGCUUUUUUCGCAUUGCUUUUCUUUGACAUUUUGUUUCCUGAUGUAACCCUAACUCAUUUAGCCCUCUCUCUUUAUACAGAAAUGCCUAACAGAUUCUAAUAUAUAUUUGUAUUUCAUUUUUUUGGUAUAGUAUUUUUAUAUGUUAAAGAGUUAAUCUGUGUUUUUUCGGAAGCUGGGGGAAAAAAAAGAAGGUAGAACGACAUUUGGCGGAUUUAUUGGAUUUUUCUCUUUUGUUUUUGUUUUUUGUUUUGUUUUGUUUUGUUUUUAUCAUUUUUAACUCUACAUAGAGCAAGCUUAAAAACUAAACUAGAUUUAAAUUGGCUAAAAUAAAAAUUGUUUAAAAAAAAAAAAAUCCCAGUGCCCUCGAUGUAAUAGGAGCCAGUAUUGAUUUAGGGAAACUUUUUUAAUAUUGUAUAUGUUGUCUUCCACGUGUACAUUACAUCUAAUCCUGUGUGCUUUAUUUUUUAUUUUAUUUUAUUUUUAUUUUAUUUAUUUUUAAAGCCUUCCUGAUUUAGAAGUGGCAGAAUAAUGUUACAGAUUUUAAUUAACCCCCCCCCCCCUCCUCUUUUUUUUUUUUUUAAAAGUAAAAAUCCAAAACUUUCUUUAAAAGUCUGUAUUUAUGAUAUCAUUAUUAAAAGCUAGAAAGGGCUGCCUAACACAUUCCGGUUUCCCAAACCAGAGAGUUGAGAGGCUUACACACAACUGCGAGCAGAAAAGAUUGUACCUCUGACUUAUUUUUUGUUGUUGUUGUUGUUGUUGUUGUUGUUAUUAUAAUUUUUUUUUUUUAUAUAUAUAUAUAUAUAUAUAUAUAUUUUAACUGGUGUUACUUUCAUUUCACAAAAAAAAAUAUACCUACACAGAAUGCAUAGAUGAGGUUACUCCUUGCUAACUGCUUGCUCUGUCAGCAUCACCCAAGCAUCUGUGCCAACAUGGUAGACUUUUUCGAUAGCGUCCUACUUUUGAGUGAAGUGCUUUGAGGAGUGACUUAACGUGUCUAAUGUUCACUCUGCUAUCUGAAAAGUCAUUUGCCUUUUUUUUUUUUUAUUAUUAUUAUUUUUUUGUGAAUGGCAACACACUUCAUCCUGCAUUUUUCUGCUACUGUGGAUGCUUAAGCACUCGUUUUUAUAUCCCCCCAUUCGAGCCUUGUCCUCUUAUAACGCUUCUUCUUCUUCUUCUUCGCUGAGCGGCGCGGCUGUUAGAUGGAGGUGAACUCUUAAUCCGUGAAGGUGUGUUGCAUGGUUUCAAUGCACUUUCCCAUCCUUUCCGUCUGGCUCUCCAGUCAUUUUCCCCUCAAGACUUUAAGAUCCUGUCAUAAACCCUCUAUUUUCCUAAGCUAUACUCCUGAACAUGUAUUGUGAACAAUGCAGUGUCUCUGUUGUAUUGAUUUUUAUUUUAUUUUAUUUUUUUUUCCUUAAGUGCUGCAAGAGCUCUUAAAUGUUCGCUAACUAUCAAAUGUGCUUCUGUUGCUUUUUGUGCGUCUCUGGGAUUCGAUGGUUAUAAUUGAUCAUUGCAGUAAAUCUGAAUGUAAGUAGUGCCACCGACAAAAUGUUUACCGAAAAACUCCACCCUUUUCAUUCAUUAAAAAUGUGUGUGCUUUUAUUAUGUAA